CCCUGUAGGGCGUAAUCCAUUUUUUAAGUUGGGCUUGUCCUAGACAAUUCACCUCCUUCUUGGGGGCCCAAAAAGUACAGAAAGCGGUUCUGAGAGAAAGAACCAGUCUGGCUAUGGUUGAUUCAUUGGUUGUAUCGCUCUAUGCUUCUCGCAGAGAGAAGAAAUGCCGAGUGCUCUGCAAUUCCAAGCUUCAUGGCCACGCACUGUAGCUCCACUCACGAAGCACACUUUCGCCGCCAACGUGCACUCACACCGUAGUCUCUCAUUCACGAAGCUCUCUUCCCUUCCCCAACCUUUCUGCUCCUUCACCGUACAACCCACACAUCACACCUCCGCAGUGGGAUCUCCGUCGCUCCAACACUGGAACCUCACCAGCCGCCACGUCACCGUUCUCAACGUCUUUGCCUGCGCGACGGCGGUAUGUGCAACGUGGCUGUUUUUCUCCGCGAUUCCCACGCUCCUGGCUUUCAAGAAAGCAGCGGAAUCGAUGGAGAAGCUGAUGGAUGCCACGAGGGAGGACCUUCCCAACACCAUGGCCGCUAUUCGAUUAUCCGGCAUGGAAAUCAGUGACUUAACCACAGAGCUCAGUGAUAUAGGCCAAGAGAUUACUCAAGGUGUUCGAAGCUCAACUCGUGCAGUUCGCUUGGCGGAGGAGAGGCUUCGCCGUUUGACUACUAUGCCUUCUUCAGCUUCAUUGCAGGGAAAGAUCAAUUCGAAAGUCGAGGAUAGUGAUGAGCCUGCGGUGGCCAGAACAGCAAGGGGCGUGAGAGAGGGUCUUGUCAAGGGCCGCGCUAUGUUGCAAAUGUUUUUCACGCUCACCCAAUUUUCAAGGUUUGCUCUCAAAUUUAUCUCUGGUCGUAGAAAAUUGUCAAGCUAGCAUCUUGCCUUGGAAACCAACAUCACUGUACACUGGUUUUAUCUUCGGAAAAAAAUAGCUUUGAUACACUUACACUUAUUUGACACAUGUAUUCUUACUCUCCCAUUAAUAAAACAAUAUCAAAUGAGUGUAGGUUGUGUCAA